CCACGUCGCACCAACCAAUCAAUACACACACACACAGACACAUCAAGCACCUUCUCAACACACCUUCUCCACACCCACACACAACUCUCACACACCAACCCACACGCGUUGGUUCAGCAUGGCGCUGUUGAGGCUGCUGGGGUGCAGCGCAGGGAUCUAUGUGUGCUACAUCACGUAUGGCAUCCUGCAGGAGGGCGUGUACAAGUACACGUCGCCCGUGACCGGGGAGCGGUUCUCCUCGACACUGACGCUGCUCUUGAUUCAGGCCGUGCUCAACUACAUCUGCGCCACCACCAUCUGCUGGUGGCAAGGCAUGAAGCCGCUGCCGGCCACCGCGUUUGCCCUGCCAGGGUGCACGUUCAUUGCUGCCAUGCUGUGCAGCAACGAGGCCCUGAAGUACGUGAGCUACCCGACCCAGGUCUUGGCCAAGUCGUGCAAGCUCGUGCCCGUGCUGUUGGUGAACGUGCUCGUGUACAGCCGGACAGCCACCUUCUUGCAGUACGUCCACGUGGCCCUCGUCACCGCGGGCAUCGUCCUGUUUCGUCUCAAGAACACGGACGCGGCGCAGGAGCACAACAGCCUGUAUGGCAUCGGCUUGCUGCUUCUGUCGCUGCUGCUGGAUGGCGUCACGGGACCAACGCAGCAGCACCUCAAGGAGCGCUACUCGCCCUCCCCAUUCCAGCUCAUGCGCUACUGCAACCUGUGGGGGUCCCUGCUCAUCAUCGCCCUGCUCGUUGCCUCGGGCGAGUUCCUCUCUGGCGUCAUGUUUUUGUUACAGCCGGAGCACGCGCCGCUGCUGUCCCGCGUCGUUCUCUUCUCCCUCGCCGGCGCCGCCGGGCAGGCCUUUAUCUACACCACCCUCCUUGAAUUCGGGGCGCUGACGUUGACGACGGUGACAACGACGCGCAAGUUCUUCACCAUCCUGUUCUCGGUGGUGCUGUACGGGCACGUGCUGUCGGCUGUGCAGUGGGCGGGCGUUGCGCUUGUGUUUGUCGGCCUCUCCCUCGACGUGGUGGAGAAGAAGCGAAACCGCGACACCAUGAGCGGCAUGGACAAGGUGCGGCCUACGGCACCCGCCUCCGCCACUGGUGGUGAUGGUGGUGAUGGUGGUGAUGGUGGUGGUGCCAACGGAAGCAAGGCGGCAUCAGCUUCGCCAUCGCCGGCAUCAAACGCCUCGGGCAAGGAGAAGGCAAUGUGACGCCAUGACACCUCCACCGCCGCUGUUGGUGUUGGUGUUGGUCGUGGUGUUGGCAGAUAGAUGGUGUUGUGCUGCUGCUGCUGCUGCUGCUGCUUCUACUGCUGCUGCCCGCGUUGGCUCUGUCAUGACAGCACACGCCUCGUGAGGAACUCAGGAGAAAGGCAAGAGAAGAAGCGCUUGGUGUGUGUGUAGAUGUCCAUGAGCACAGCACUUGUUCCUGUUCACAAUACGCUUUCAACUUUUCUUGCCCGCCUGGCCGUCUGUCGUUUUGCCCGUUAAUCCCUUUCCCUUUGCACCACCACCACCCCGAUGUACACUGUGUUUUGUAUUGUUGCUGCUGCUAGACCUUGGCUGGGUUUGUUCGCUGCGUUGCUGUUGCUGGUGGUGUUGGAAGGGAUGUUGUUCCAACUCAUCCAUACACGCUCUUAGAGGA